AGAGGGUGCGUUUCUCUGACUCCUUGAUUCAAUGCUGCCUCCGGAGGCGGAGUUUUUGUUUUAUUUUUUAAAAAAUUCUUAAUUCUGCUGCUCCCGACUGGCAGACAGGGGGCAGCAAAAGGUUCCAUCUCUUUCUGACUGAAUCACACAGGACAAGCAGCAGCAUCAUCAUCCUCAUCAGCAUCACCCUCUGUCACAAGGACGAGCUCCUCAUCUAGACGCGCACAAGAAACAGGACAAUCUUUUUUUCUAUUUUUUUUUUCCAUAAUCAGAAGCAUAAUAUUACAGCGUCAAGAUGCUGGCCUGCACGGAGCUGAUCACCAUGUGUCUCCAGUCCGCGAAGCACGAACACUUAAGAAAGCAGCAGGAGCUCGACUACAAUCAGAACCAAGGCUUCGCUUUAUUCCAUGAUAUUUUUUGUCGGGCGGACAAAAACGACGAUGGGAAGCUGUCCAUGGAGGAAUUCCAGUCCUACUUCGCUGACGGCGUCCUCACUGACGAGCAGAUGCAGGAGCUGUAUUACUCCAUCGACAGGCAGCAGACAGACAACCUGGACAUAGACAAGCUCUCAGCGUACUUCACUCCUCACCUGGGGGAAUAUGUCGAUGUCCUGUCUGCACUGGAAAAGCUGAACGUGGCCAUUUUAAAGGCCAUGGAUAAAACUAAAGAGGAGUAUCAAGGCUCAUCAGUGCUUGGCCAGUUUGUCACUCGCUUCCUGCUGAGGGAAACCUCAUCCCAGAUUCAGUCGCUGCAGUCCUCCCUGGAUUGUGCCACAGAGGCCGUCCAUGACCUCGGCUGCACCGGGAGGAGGAUGGUGAAGAAACCCGAGGACCUCCCCAUCCAGAGGGUCCCCAAGCGGCCCAACCGACGCAUCCAGAAGAACAUGUGUAUCUCUCCCACAGACCCCUACUCCGGGAUGCUCACCACAGGGGUAAGCGUGGAGCCGGACAACCACUGGGGCUCCCAGAUUAACCAGCUGGAGGAGCUCAUGGAUAAAUUGGACUGUGAGAGUCCACGUCUUGAACCGCUUAACGAAGACACUUUGGCAGGAACAUAUAAAUCGAACAUUCUUCUGGUUCAGAGGCAGAUGUCUGUGAAGGAGAGAGACGUGGAGCAAUUUCAGCAAGCUCUCAAAAUCUACACAGAUGCCACCAGCAGCCAGCUUAACAACCUACACGUUUCAGUCCAAAACCUGCCAGACAGAUCAUGCUUCAUCAUGUAUGAGUUCUGGCAGGAUCGUCUCUCCUGGAUGAGCUAUCUGCAGUCGUCCAUCAGCAAAACCUUUCAGCGCUGCAUCAUCGACUCGCUGGAAGAGCCAGAAAUAGUCUCCACUAUGCUUCUCCCAGCUUCCUGGUGGAUCAUGAACAACAAUUGAACGAACACAGCUGCUCAAAACCCAGUGGAAGCAGACGUAGGAAGAAACCUCCUCUGAGUCCUUUUGGUUUGAAACCAACUCCCUCCUCCCCCCUUCUGGCAUGACUGGGAUUGCUUUUGUAACAUUUUCAGUUUUAAAAAAGGACAGCCAAGAAAAACGUGCAAUACUAUGACGCAAACAACAAUCUCAGAUUGCAAAAACAACAACCACAAAAAAGGACGUAAACCAGUGUGCAACUGGGCAAUUGAAAGCCUAAUGCUCAUUUCAGACUCACUGGCACGUUUCAAUCUAUUUACCUUUUUGAAACACAAGAGAGAUGAUCAAAAUAGGUUGUGCAUGACUUCUGUUUCUCUGAAUGCUUGUUUCUUUUUUUCUCAGAGUUGCAUCUUGCAGUAGAUAGAUAUGACAUCAAUGGCACAACAAAGAAAAAAAAGAGACUCAAAAAUGAAAUCUUACCUGUCCAUCCACUGCUUUUUCCUCCACACUAAGAGAAACACACACACACACACACACACACACACAAUAAAAAAUCUUGUGCUUUGGUGUUCUCCUUGUGCUGUUGUGCAUUGUUGUCUCCUCCAAAGCUUUGCUACCAGACACAGAUAGGUCAGACAGCCAUCUGAUAGGACAAUAGCUAUUGAAUAAUUAUGACCUGUAUCUGAACACCUGUCAUCUGUGUCACUCUUGCACUUUAAUAAAUAUAUCUAUAUGGAACAUGAACAUUAUUGUGGAGAAUGAGAUUUUUUUUUGAUUUUUUUAAAUUUUUUUGAUCGUCUCUUUGUAAAAUGUAAAAUCAAUCCGCUAUUCUGAAAAAGCUAAGAGAUAUCCUAGUGGAGAACAAGUCACCAGAUAAUCGUUACUCUCAGCGUUAAAUAAGUAAAAAGCCAUUACUCUACAUAUGUAGUGUGUUACCAACAGAAUCUAGACGUUAAAAAAUAAGAAAUCUUUAUUUUGGGAAUACUGCUGGACUUGUUGUGUGUCUUAUUAUGCUAGAAAGAACCCCAGUUUGUGUACAGUAGCUAAAAGCCGUAGGACUGAUGUAACUGUGUUAUAACUCUGGUGUAUGUACAUUGAAUUAGUAUGUAAAAGUUGAGGUUUAAUAUGGGGAAUAAACAUCACCACUCAUUUACUUGGAGUGUUUAUGAUUUCUUUUGAGUUUUAUAUCGAUUCUGUUUUGGCUGUUUUUUGUUGUUGUUGUUGUUGUUUUGGUUUCGUUUUCUGGCAUGAAUUAAAGUUUAAAUGAAAGAGA